UCACUUCCUGCAGACACGCAGCCAGUUCAGUCCAGUUCGCCGCUGCUGUAGUAAAGAGCUUGGGUCUGUGUGAGAGCUGUCAACACACGGCGCGGCUAUCUUCCUCCACUCCGGCUGGCUCUCUGCUGCUGCUGUGGAAACACUCUUCUAUUCAACUCGGACCGCGUCACGUUUCAGCAACGGUUUCCUCCAGAUAACAGAGACUCUCCUCUCACUAUGACACGAAGGUGAUCUUCAGAGUUUCCAGGUGGUUCUGGGGUUCCAGGUUGGUGUUGUGAGAGCGCAAGCUACCUGUGGGGAGGUGGACUGCCUGGGGCAUUUUGUCCCUUGUUCUCAAGUGACUAAGGAAGGGGCUCGACAAACUGUUCUGCAACAUGGAGAAGGGUGAGAUGAAGAUCCUCAACAAAGGGGAAGAGGAGGAGAUGGAGCUGCAAGGCUACCGUCUCUGCCGUUGGCGACUGGCCCUUGUAGGCUUCGGUGUACUCUGUACCGGAGGCUUCCUUCUCCUGCUGCUCUACUGGAUGCCAGAAUGGUGCGUCAAGUCCACCUGCACCCGUACCACCGUUCGUGAUGCCGAAGUGGUGUUGCUGCGCUCCACGGAUGAGUUCCGGCGCUGGUUCCUGGCCAGGGUACGAGUGAUGCUUGCUCCGGGGAGCAACCCCUUCCACAGCCUGGAGACCCAGACCACCUCCCCUCCCUCCUCCCCUUCCUGCCCCUUCUCUAACCCCUCCCCUUCACCUCUGGCCAACGGACACACACCUCACCCCUCCGAUGGCAGCCCUGCUCAGGAGCUCAUUAGAAGAUUUUCUUACUACCAGCCCACACAGAUUCGCUAUUUCACCUUCCAUAGCACAAAGUAUUACUGGAAUGACGAAAUGCAGAACUUUAAAGUUUUAACCGGCCUGGAGGAUCUUGAAGUCAGUUGCUCUACUGUCCACUCAGAGCACAGUGCAGGCCUGACCAGGAACCAGCAGGAGUACAGGAGACUGUUCUUCGGAGUGAAUGAAAUUGCAGUGAAAGUGCCUUCUGUUUUCAAGCUGCUUAUCAAAGAGGUCCUCAACCCUUUUUACAUCUUCCAGCUCUUCAGCGUAAUCCUGUGGAGUACCGAUGAGUAUUACUACUAUGCUGUGGCCAUUCUUCUCAUGUCAGUUAUAUCCAUAGCUACCUCUCUGUACACCAUCAAAAAGCAAUACGUCAUGCUUCACGAUAUGGUGGCAGCUCACAGUAUUGUCCGUGUGUCUGUUUGCCGAGCCAAUAAUGAUGUUGAAGAGAUAUUGUCUACUGAUCUGGUACCUGGUGAUGUGGUGGUCAUUCCAAGCAACGGGACCAUCAUGCCAUGUGACGCAGUGCUGAUCAGCGGCACCUGCAUCGUCAAUGAAAGCAUGCUCACAGGUGAGAGUGUUCCUGUGACAAAAACCAACCUCCCCAACCCACUACCAGGAGAGCGGGAGGAAGCAGACAGUGCCUACAACACCGAGGAGCAUAAGAGACACACACUGUUUUGCGGCACCAACAUCAUCCAAACCCGCUUCUACACAGGAGAACUGGUCAAAGCCGUGGUUGUCCGCACAGGUUUCAGCACAGCAAAAGGCCAACUGGUGCGCUCCAUUCUUUAUCCAAAACCCACCGACUUCAAGCUGUAUCGUGACGCCUACCUCUUUCUGCUGUGUCUGGUGGCCGUGGCUGGAAUCGGCUUCAUUUACUCAAUCGUCCUCAGUGUCAUGAACGGGGAUAAAGCAAAAACCAUCAUCAUCGAGUCUCUGGACAUCAUAACCAUCACGGUGCCACCAGCGCUGCCAGCAGCCAUGACAGCGGGGAUUGUGUACGCCCAGCGGCGUCUUAAAAAGAUUGGCAUUUUCUGUAUUAGCCCACAGAGGAUCAACAUCUGUGGACAGAUUAAUCUGGUUUGCUUUGAUAAAACCGGAACUUUAACAGAAGAUGGAUUGGACAUGUGGGGAGUUCAGAGAGUUGAAAGAGGCCGUUUUCACUUAACAGAGGAAAGUGCCCACAAGGAGAAUCUUGUUAAGUCCCAGUUUGUGGCCUGCAUGGCCACCUGCCACUCGCUUACCAAAAUAGAAGGCCAGCUGUCUGGAGAUCCACUGGACCUCAAAAUGUUUGAGGCUACAGGCUGGAUUUUGGAGGAAGCCACCGAAGAGGAAACUGCUCUCCAUAACCGCAUCAUGCCCACCGUUGUCCGACCACCAAAGCAGCUGCUGCCCUCCCAGCCUGAUGAAUCGACCGAGCAGGACAUGGAACUCGCUGAGUUUUCAUCAUUAUACGAGAUUGGUAUCGUGCGGCAGUUUCCUUUUUCCUCGGCGCUUCAGAGGAUGAGUGUUGUGUCUCGUACUCUGGGGGAGAAGUGUAUGGAUGCCUACAUGAAGGGAGCACCAGAGGUGGUGGCCAGUCUUUGCAAGAGAGAAACAGUUCCGGAAAACUUUGCCGAGGUUUUGGAGGGUUUCACUAAGCAGGGAUUCAGAGUGAUCGCUCUGGCUCAUCGGCGACUUGGAUCAAAACUCAACUGGCACAAAAUCCAAAACGUCAACAGGGAUUACAUAGAGGCAAACAUGGAGUUUCUGGGACUCAUCAUCAUGCAGAACAAGCUGAAGGCUGAAACUCCAGGAGUGCUGCAAGACCUCCAUCGAGCAAACAUUCGAACCAUCAUGGUUACUGGCGACAACAUGUUGACGGCAGUCUCUGUGGCCCGUGACUGUGGAAUGAUCCCUCCCGAGGACACGGUCAUCAUUGCUGAUGCCCUUCCUCCUCAUGAUGGACAAGCUGCCAAAAUCACAUGGAGAUACGCUGACAGGCCCAGCAGAACCACACGACUCGAGGAAAUUAACAUCAGCCUGGAGGAUGAAGGUCAUGCUGAGCAGCCCCAAACACAACCACUCUACCACUUUGCAAUGAACGGAAAAUCAUUCGCUAUAAUCGCUGAGCAUUUCCCAGACAUGCUUCAGAAGCUUGUGCUGCACGGGACAGUGUUUGCCAGAAUGGCGCCGGACCAGAAAACCCAGCUUGUUGAGACACUACAGGGAGUGGACUACUAUGUGGGAAUGUGUGGAGAUGGUGCAAAUGACUGUGGGGCGCUGAAGAGGGCACAUAGUGGGAUCUCUCUGUCGGAGCUGGAGGCCUCAGUGGCUUCCCCCUUCACCUCCAGGACCCCCAACAUCUCCUGCGUCCCGAGCCUGAUCAGGGAGGGACGCGCUGCUCUUAUCACCUCCUUCUGUGUGUUCAAGUUUAUGGCUCUCUACAGCAUCAUCCAGUACAUCAGCGUCACUCUCCUCUACUCCGUAUUAAGUAACCUUGGAGAUUUCCAGUUCCUCUUUAUUGACAUUGCUAUCAUCCUCCUAAUUGUUUUCACCAUGAGUUUGAACCCGGCUUGGAAAGAACUGGUGUCACGUCGCCCCCCAUCAGGACUAAUCUCAGGCCCUCUGCUGUUCUCUGUGCUGACCCAAAUCCUCAUCUGCUUGGGCUUCCAGACCAUUACAUUUCUUUGGGUCCAAAAGCAGCCAUGGUUCGAGCGCUGGACGCCUGCUACAAACGUCUGCAAUCAGUCGGAUCACCUGAACGUGUCUGGAUUCAACAAAACAGAAGUGGAUGAUCACAACAUCCAAAACUUUGAGAACACCAGUCUCUUCUACGUCUCCUCCUUCCAGUAUCUCAUUGUCGCCAUUGUUUUCUCCAAAGGCAAACCCUUCAGGCAGCCGAGCUACAAGAACUGGCCUUUUGUUCUAUCUGCUGUGAGUUUGUAUUUCUUCCUGCUGUUCAUCAUGUUUCAUCCUGUUGAAGGCAUUGAUUACGUUCUGGAAAUUGUUUGUGUCCCUUUUGAAUGGAGGCUAACGCUUCUCCUGAUAAUCGUAGUCAAUGCUGCUGUGUCUGUUUUGGUGGAGACCUUCAUCCUUGACAUCAUCUUAUGGAAGCUUGUGCUCAGCAGAGACAAACAGGCCAACUAUGGCGUCACCCCUGCCGCCCCGACACCACAGGGGGUGAUUGACAUGCAGGCAUUCAAGUGUCUGUUCAGGUUGUGUCCACGCAAGACGACGCCCAAGGCUCGAUACAUGCAUCUUGCCCAGGAACUGAGUUUGGACCCAGACUGGCCCCCAAAGCCGACCACCACCACAGAGGCCAAGCCCCACCCUGAAAACGGCUCUGUCUAUGAUAUCAUAAUCCACUCCUAGCAUUGCCACAUUCCCAAACUCUAUGGAGUCCCCAGCUCUCUCACAGGAAACUUGCAUAUGAGGAAUACUAAGGGAAGUGCCUAUUCUCAUUCUCUCAAUCAUCUUUACUCUUCAUGCAAAAACUCCAUAAUUUAUCACAAAUACCAAAACAAGUACCUUCGCAACUUUCAGACUACUCCUGCUUUCUCCAUCUCACUCCAUAUUGAUGCUCUCAGGUCUCAUUAUUAUUUGACAUUUCUGUAAAAGCAUUAUUGCUCUUUUACUCAUAUGCCAUUCCUUAUGUCUGUUUAUAAAAGCAGAGGAGCAUCCAACAAACACUUGCAAUCAAAGUGAAAGUUGUGUGGUGACACCUUGUGGUAUAAGUUGAACAUCCUGUCAGUUUGAGGAAAACCAUGUGAAAGGUCACUUCAAAAAUGUGUAUUCACUCGCAAAUAUAAAACAUGUUUUAUAAGAUUGUUAUAAACGUCAGGUUCUAUUUUACACCUUAAUAAUCGAUACGUGAUUGACAGAAACUGUGAAAACCUUUAAAAGUACAAAUAAACUGAGUGAAGCUGUUCAGUGUAGGAUUGACAACAUUUUGCCCUAGGAGCGAAGCUUUCAGAUUUAUCCUUUUCUGAAUAAAAAUAUUGAUUUUAUAAAAAAAAAAAAAGGUUGGAGGUGAAAUGUUUGGAGGAUAGAAGAAAAGAAAUGCACUUUAAAAGAUUAAGGUAAUGGAUGAAAAUAUUGAUUGACUUGAUAUAAAAUGGUUCAUCUCUUUUUAGAAAAUGUACUAAAGUAAUUUGAUUAUUAUGGGCUCUGAUUACUGCUGUGUAACAGUCAUCAACAACUACUAUAUUAAAAAUGAGGAAUUAUUUUAUUUGGCUGAAUAUUUCCUUUUGUGCAAGUGUACAUCUUGGCAGUAUGUCUUUAUACUGUAGAAAUGCCUGCUUGUUUCUCAUUACGUACUAACACAUUUAAAUAUAUUAUAAGCAAUUUGUAGGGAGCACUGCAGAAUUAUGCUCAGAAAACACUUGUGAAAUGGAAAUGGGGAUUGUGGCUUUAUUUGCUUCUUAUAGGGCCUUCAGUGGUGAGGGAUUACAUUGUUAAAUCGAAAAUGAAUUAUUCAAAUAUGUCACCAUUCACAGGCAAAUAGAAUUUCUAGCACUAGACGAUUAAUUGUUCAGAACUGGUAUUACCACAAAGAAAUAAUCAACCAAAUACAAAUUUCCUUAAUUUUUUGCUUGUUCUUUUUACUACUAGAACUUCCAUUCUGCAGUGCUUGAGCACCACUUGUUGGUUCUUAAGUAUAGCGUAUAUACCAAUUGAAAAAAGCUCCAAUUGAGACAGCCAAUGUAGCCUAAUAUUGGCUGACUAUGAUCACCUGCAAACUUCUCAAUGUAGCCCGAAGAUACAUGUAUAUUCAAAAAUACAUACUAACUAAUUUAUGCAUUAGCUUAGGGGCAUGUUUAGUUGUUAUUGGAAUGAGGUAAAGAAAAAGUACUAUCACAUUACAGCAAGUGAUUUGUUUAUGCAUAAUGAUCUCCUUCUAGACCAGCAUAAAGCCUGUACUCUUUAGCUAUUUGCAAAAAUAGUUUUUUUUUUCUGUCUUUAAAAAGCAGAGUGUUUAGAUUUAGAAAGGUUUUAAAAUGGCACAACUUGUUUGAGGAAAGAAAAUAGUUUGAGCUGACGAAGCUGAAUUAUGAACUGUAUACUUGGUCUCAAAGGCCUACUAAUUUUGUGUGAGCACAAAGUAAAUUUAAAUCACUUGAAGAAUGAAAAAAAUGCUUUUUGUUUUAAGAAAAUGACCUACUCUCUAAACUGAACGACAUUAUCUUGAACUAUUGCAGAUAAAUAACAGGAUUGCCUUUGUGUGGCAUGUUUCUCAGAUGUCUCUAAAAACGGUUUCAAACUGCUUGAGUGUUUCGGCUCAUUCUUGUGGCAUGGUGUCUGCUGUAAUUGUUCAUGUUUAUUUGUAGGAGUUUAACUCUGAGCAAUGAAAACAUGGGAGUUAAAGAGUUUUUAUUUAUUAUAUGUCCAUAUUGGCCACCUUCUGUCCACGAAAUUCAAUAAUUGAACAAGAAAUUAUUGAAUUUCUUGUUCACAAACUGCUAUAGCUUCUCAGCAUUUUCUGUAGAUUUUGGAAGCAUCUUUAAACCAAUAGCUGAAUCCUUGUAAACUCUGACAGCCGUAACAUUAAUGCUUGUCAUUUCUUAUACUUUUAAUGCAAAAAUGUUGACUUUGUGUGCUUCUGACACACAACAGAUUACCCUUUAACUAAACCUUUAUGAAAAGCAUGCCAGUUUCAACAUUUCCUCCAUCAGUUUAGUAUGCAGUGAUCUCUUUGCAGACUGGAAUGGUGCUUGCUUGUUUGUGAAAAUGCUCUUCAGCAUUCAGAGACCUGCAUGAAGCCAGCUGCCUGACAGUUGUGAUGCUAUGCAUUUAACUUCUAGCAUGUGGCAUAACUAUAGGAAUUAAGAAACAUUAAUACCUUACAUUGAAUAUUAGAGACGUAAAUAAUAAUACAGAAGUCCCAGAAACAGCAUGCAUCUGGUUGGCUGUUGUAAACUGUUAACCAAAAGCAUGAGACUAGUUGACUUAAAGCUUCCUGCAUCUUUGGAUACGUUCCUGAAAUCAGAAGUACGGCUUUUUGAAGCAACAUUUCUUCCUGUGGAAGAUUGAUUACAGUUGAAAUUAGUGAAUAGGGUAAAGAAUUGUGUGUCUCUUCUGUGUGCUGCUCCUGUUUUUUUUCUUCUCCCCUAAAAAAUUAUUUAUGAAUGAUGAUGCCUGAUUAAAUGGUUCCCUCCAUGUCCAUCACAUAUCCUCCAUGCAUAGAGUUAAGGGCUAUAUGUUGGGUUCAGUGCUCUUUAUUAAACAUGUAAAAUAAAAUAAAAAA